UCUAGCGCUCAUUUCUUUGUCUCGUCAAACACUCCAAAAACCCUUUUUUUUUUUCGUGGUUUUAGUUUUAGCUUCUGAUUCUUCGGCCUUUUUUCCCCACACUGUUCACCUUGGAAUUCGAUUCCCUCGAUCUCGUACCAUCAAGGAUCUACAGGAAAUCAAGUUCCUUGGUAGUCCAAAUUGGGCUUUUUUUUAGGGUUUUGUUGCUCGAAUUUGGUGGGUUUCGUCGAUUUCGGGCUCUGGAGUUGUGGUUCGAGCUGGGAGUUUUGUUUGUGGGGAAGAGCUAGGGUUGGAGGGUAUGGGAACGAGAGGGAUUGAUUAGGUUUUGAGAAAGUUGGGAUCUUGGGGGUUAUUAGUUGGGGAUUGUGGAGUUAGGGUUCUUGAGUUGGUUUGAGCGGGGGCGGGGGUUUCUAGGGUUUCGGUGGUUUGGAAAGAAGAUGUUUUAUUCGCAGUUUAUUUUGGCCAAGAAGGGGCCUCUUGGGACGAUAUGGAUUGCAGCUCAUUUGGAGAGGAAACUCAGGAAGAAUCAGGUCGCCGAUACUGAUAUUGGCGUCUCUGUAGAUUCAAUUCUUUUCCCCGAAGCACCAAUUGCACUUCGGUUGUCAAGUCAUCUUCUGCUUGGUGUGGUGAGGAUAUAUUCCCGGAAGGUGAACUAUCUUUUCCAUGACUGCAGUGAAGCUCUACUCAAGAUAAAACAAGCCUUUAGGUCAACUGCUGUUGAUCUUCCUCCAGAAGAAUCAACUGCUCCCUAUCACUCCAUCACUUUGCCAGAGACUUUUCAUCUUGAUGAUUUUGAGUUACCUGAUAGCGCCUUCCUUCAUGGCAAUUCAGUUGAUCACCAUGUGAGUACAAGAGAGCAGAUUACACUCCAGGAUAAUAUAGAUGGAUUGGGAUAUUUGACGUCACAAUUUGGAUCAGAUGAGAGGUUUGGUGAUGGAGAUACUUCUCAGUUUGGCUUGGACCUUGAUGAGGAUGUGUUCUUGGACAAAGUUACCUCUUCUCAGCAUGCUUCAGUCUCAUUUGAUACAGAAUAUGCAGUCAGUCAUGAUCAACCUAUUGCAACUUUCAAUGACAUGGAUAUUGGCCAAAGUCAAUACAUGGACGGGGAUAUGGAUGCCAAAAUGAGUUUAGAUACUGGAGAUAUCGAAAUAAAUGAAAACCCUUCUGGUGAUCAUGGGUACAACAUACAAACACCUGAUCUAAAUGAAGUGCUUUUUCGUAAGGAUCAGAUUGAAGGUCAAUCUCCCACUAGUGGCCAUAUUUCUUCUGCUUUUCCUGUUGAUGAUAUUCCUUCCCCUCAGUUAAUUGAAUGUGCUCAGACUCCUUCAACUCCUAUUUUGUUGGAAGGGUCAAUGUCUGCACAUGCUCAAGAAAUCCCUCCUUUGAUUCCUCCUGAGAAAAAUUCUGUGUCUUCCUUUGUGGAUGCCACUGAGCGAGAGACUGAGGGCAUUCUUCAUCCAGAAUGUGAUUGUCCUGGUGCAACCAAUAACAAUUUAGAUGCAUUAGCAAUAUCUCCUGAAUCCACAGAUUUAGUGAUGCCAAUCCCUACUUCAACAGCAGUUGAGUCCAUCUCUCUUGAGCCUCAGCGGGUUACUGCUGCAGGAAAUGACCAUAAUUUUGGAGGGGAACAGAGUGUUGAUGGCUUGCAGAACAAACUUAUGCCUUCUAAAACUGAUGGCCUGCCUAUGCCUGAUGAAAUUGAUGAUAACAUAGAAGUUGCACUCUGUGACAAUUGUUCACCUGGAGCAAAAAAUUUAAUGAAUCAUCUUGAUGCGUCCCUUCAUAAUCCAAAUACUCUUAAUGACGCUAAUGACAGAGACCCUAUAUCUGCCGUUUUACAACCAUGUAGUUCAAAGUUAGGCAAACCCAAUAUAGUUUCUGUAGAGGGUAGAACAUUCUCAGAGGAUAUCUUAUCACUUUCUUGCAAAGAUAUGCAUUAUACAUCUGAGACACCACCAAGAGAGGGAGUAGUGCAUCCUUCUGGAUCUUCAGUUGAUGUUCCAGGUGAAGAUUCCUGCUUAGCUGAUGUUCUAGAACCAAUGGUACGAGUGCAUCAGACAUCAGAUUCUGUAUUAUCAGAGAAUACAACGAGUGCCAAAAAGCAGAAGGAACUAACACCUAUUGUUAGUGCAAAAGAUAAUCAGUUGGAUCAAUUGAACUGCACUUCGAGUUCUGAAUUUCCUGAACCUGAAAAAUUGCUGUCUGCACCAAAUGGCAACACUGAUCUUCCAAAUGAUUUGGGACAGCUUACUUCUGAAAAGGGUGUUACAGAGUCUGAUGAAAGUGUCGACCGGAACAAGUCUCUUAGUGGAAAAAAACACCAUCUAACAGAUAGCAUGUCAGCUCUGCAAAGUGGUAGCUCGGCCAAGUCAGCUGGCAGACCACGGUUACGAAGAAAUAGAGAGCAUAUACCUGAUGAUGAUGAUCUACUGGCCUCCAUCUUAGUCGGAAGAACUCCAAAUUUUAAAUCCCAGCCUACUCCAUCGCAUAAAAUAAACUCUGUCAAAAGACCUCGGUUGAAUCCCAAGGUCAGCUUGUUGAAGAGGAAGGUGCUGUUUGAUGAUACCAUGGUUCUACAUGCCGAUGCCAUCCGCCAACAAUUAAUAAAUUCUGAAGACAUACGUCGUAUAAGAAAGAAGGCACCUUGUACACGUUCUGAAAUAUGGAUGGUUCUGAGUUCUUCAGAGGAACUAGAAUUUUUUGAGGAACCUAUAUUUACAGGUAUAUCGGCAGAAUUGCACAGUUUACAUGCUCGAACAUAUACCUCGAGUGGAAAUCCAGCUUUUCCCAGCAGUUCAAAGUAUGUUGGGAAAACUUGCAAUGAAAAUGUAGGUGAGCAAGUUGUGGUAUUAGCGGACAAUGUUGAUGGUGAAAUUCAGGUACCGUCUAACUUAUCUGUAUUAACUGAGCCAAGUAGUUGCAAAGAUGCUGGUGACUGUGAUGCUCAAGAGCGAGUGGUAUCACAACCAGAUCUACCUCAGCAAGAACCAUUAGACAACAAUACACAUAACAGCACUCAAGAAAUAGAUGGCAGAAUUACUGCAGAUGCGCAUGUUGUUUCUUCAAAUUUUGUGGGUGGCGUUAAAGUAUUAACUGACAGUUGUAUUGAAGUGUCUUGUAUUCAUGAAAAUCAUAAAUCUGAUGCAUCUUAUGUUAAGAGUGAUGAUGCCUGCAUGCCCACAAGGGAGCAGCCUGUACACGAGUCAAAUGAGCUCAAAGAAAUGAAUGAUGAAGCAACAGUAUUGAGCAAAAACGGGCCUUCCAAUAACUUCACUUCUAUGGAAGAUGCAGAUAGUGGUAGGAUUCAUAAUGACAUUACUAUUGCUACUGUUAAUGAUGAUCCAGCAUUCCUGGCUGAAAAUUCAUUUUUAGCUAAUGGUGCAGACCGUCUUGACAAUGGUGCAACACCACAUCCCAUAGAUAGCUCUUCACAUGAUAAAGAUGAGACAUGUUUGCAAGUAGAUCCAUGUGUUCUUCCUGGUGAUGAAAACCUUUCGGUUCCAGAUGUCAUGAUGGAAUUUGUUGAACCAAAUUCGGCUACUAUUAAUGGGCAGCAAGAUGUGGAGCAAGAUAAAGAAGACUUCUUGGACGUUGGACCAGGUGACAAUGCCUUUCAGGAGCAGCUCUUCUUUAAUGAGGAACAUCCUAGCGCUCUGGGGGUUCAUGAAGAAAUGACUGAAAAAGCUUCUUCAAGCCCAUUUCACACUGUUGAUGAAACUGAAAAUUUUCCCUCCACAGUGGGAGAAAAUUCUGGCUUCCGUGUGUUGAACAUUGAGGGUGUUAUGGAUGAUGAAAGCACACCGAUGGAUUUCUCUACUGUGAUAGAGUCCAGUGAUUUCUGCAGUGCAAUAAAUGGCAAUACAGAAUUUCUCAAUGCCGAUGAUGAAGAAGACCACUGUGAAGCGGAUAAUGAUCUUCAGAAUCCUGAGGAGGCCCAAUCACUUGAGAAUAGUGGAUGGUCAUCACGGACUAGAGGGGUAGCAAGGUAUCUGAAAUCCUUGUUCGAUGAUGAAUAUGGGCAUGGAAGGAAAGUGGUUGCUAUGGACCAUCUUAUAGCGGGUAAAACUCGGAAAGAAGCUUCGAGGAUGUUUUUUGAGACUUUGGUCUUAAAAACAAAGGAUUACAUCCAAGUUGAGCAGGCGAACCCUUUUGAUAUCAUCAACAUCAAACCACAAACAAAGCUUUUAAAAUCAGAGUUCUGAUCUUCAUCUCAUCUCAUCUCAUCUGGCCUUCGCCGGAAAUAACCAAACAACCAUUUGUGAUUCUACCAAAAUCCAUUGUUCUCUGACUUUGGUUUUGUUGAUCCUUACCAACAAUCCUUAUCUUUUUCAUAUGGUUCAUUCUCACUGGUCCCUUGGCAACAGGUUCAGUUGAGUUGAUGCAAGUGAUAGAAAACUGCCACUCAUCCUCUGUGUAUAUAAUAUAUAUAUAUAUCUAUUUGGCAAUUCAUGUUGGCUAAUGUUCUAUUAGUAAGGUUGAUUAUUAUAUAGCUUUUGUUGUGUAUUAGGAGCUCAGUGUAAAGUUCUUACCACUGUUCAAACAUGCUGUAUAUCUAAUGAUUUGCUUCUAAGGCUAAUAAUAAAGGUUAUUUCUUUUAUUUA